AUCUGGAAGGCCUGUGAACUGUGUCUCGCUGUCUCUGUGGUAACAUCGUGGUAGCAUAAAACCAGCCCUGCGCUGUGACACAGCCUUCUCCAGUGGCCGCUGGCUGGUGGUCCUGCAACUCAGCUCUGACAUUAUCCACCUGGAGUGGGAGUUGGGUCCCGUGGAUUGAGGGCUUAGUCCUACAAAACUGCCUCCGAGUCAGGUGCCCGGGGCAGCCCCUGUGAUGGCUUGUACUCAGACACCGGCUCUAACCCGGUGUUUCCACGACCCCCACCUUGGGUGUCAUUGAAUUUUUAGGGCGACACUUAGUUUACCCAUUAUUGUAAAGGAUGUUAAAAGGAUGCAGAUGAACCGUCACAUGGCGGGGUGCCCACGGCAGGUGUGUGGAAGGGGCGCGCAGCUUCCGUGCCCGGCCGUGCACCACCCUGCAUCAGGCUCCAGGUGCUGCUAUCCAGAAUCCCAUCUCAGCCUCUCCCGUUUCAGUUUUUACAGAGGCCCUGUUCCUAUGCAUGAUUGACUGCAUCAUUGACCACUGGGGAUUAUCUCAGCCUUGGGCUCCUCCUCCCUGGACUUGGGGCUGGAGCUCACAGGUCCUGUCUUGGUCUUUCUGGGACCGGCCCUAUCCUUUGAAGCCUUCUAGGAGCCACCAACUGAUCUCGUUGGCAAACAGGAAAUCCGGAUUCCAGGGCUUUAGCCAGAAGAGCCGGUGACAGCAAGUGGCUCCUUGUUAUUGUGAGUCACGGAAUUACAGUGUGUCGUGUAGUUACAUACUCAGUUCUAAGGUUCUAAUAUCUUGACAUUAACCAAACAAUAUUUCCUGAGCUCGUGUCCACUGCUGCCCACGGUGCAGUUUCGGUUCUGUCCUUGUGUACCCCAUGAGGUCCCAGGACACAUUUGUGUGCCUUUGGUACUGUGCACCCACAACUCAGGGCCGGCCCAGGCAGCAGGAGCAUGGAACUUCAUCAGGUCUCCCACGUGGGUGCAGGGGCCCAAGCACUUGGGCCAUCUUCCACUGACUUCCAGGCCAUAGCAGGGAGCUGCAUCAGAAGCAGAGCAACUGGGACUCCAACCAUUACUCCUAAUGGGAUGCUGGCAUCACAUGUGGUGUCUCAACCCGCUGUGCCACAAUGCCAGCCCCUAACUUUAUUCAUUCAUUUAUUUUUUAAAAAGAUUUAUUUACGGCCGGUGUCGCGGCUCACUAGGCUAAUAAAGCUGCCUUUCCUUCUGUAGGCAGAGAAAGACACACACACACACACACACAGGGAGGGAGGGAGAGUACUGCCACGUGCAGUGUUCGGAGCUUGCAGGUGCUGGACGCUGACUGGCCCUUGGAUGGGACAGAAGCGUCCCAAGGGAAAACCCCACCCGCUGCUCCCUUUUAACACCAGGGCCCUUUUAGCACCAGCGCUCAGGGUGGACAGGGCAGGUCAAGUUCACCCUCUAAAGGAUUUGGGGGCGGGGGUGAGCUUCUCACAAGCUGCCCCUCUGAAAACUGAAAAAAGAAAAAACUGCUUAAAAAACGCAAGCUAAAAAACCAGAAAAAGAGAAACACACAUUUAACUAAAGCAGCAAACUUCAGUGGGGAGAAAAUCUUUCCAAAAAUAGCGCUAGGAAUAAACCUUGAGGAAGACGGGGUCAUCCCCCUGCAGACUCAGCCUUGGUCCCAACCGCAAAGCCCGCCUGAAACUUGCUGGACACAAACAGGAAUUCCGCCUCAGAGCUGCUCACGACUGCCCACGUCCCAUCACCUGUGCUCCCGCGACCACGUUUCCUGUCCUUAAACACGCAGAGGGCUCAGAACUGACUCACCCACUCCAGAAUGGAGCUGCUGGCCGGGCACCGCUUCUCUUCUCUGCUGCUUCUGCUCCUGCGUCUGCGGGCAGCCGGGCUCGGGGCACUGCUGGCCGACGGUCACUCCCUCUGCUACAACAUAACUGUCAAUCCCAAGGCCGGACCUGGACAGCAACGGUGUGACGUUCAAGGUCACGUGGAUGACAGGAGGAUUCUGCACUGUGACUGCAGCUUCACUCAGAUCAGCUUUUUUGACCCCCUUGGGAGGGACGUGGAUGCCAUUGAGAACUGGGCAGAGCAGACAGAAGUGCUGCGAGACGUGGUGGACGCCCUCAACCAGCAAGUGGCCGAAAUGCAGCAUUCCACAAGCAAGGAUCCCCCGAGCCUGCAGGGCAGGAUGUGCUGUCGGCGUGGAGCCAGCGGCGGCACGCACGGGUCCUGGCAGUUCAGCUUCGAUGGACAGAUCGGCCUCCUCUUUGCCCCGGACACCAGAAAGUGGACAGAGGUUCAUCCUGGGGCCAGCUGGAUGAAGACGACCUGGGAGAAUGACAGGCAGCUGACUGAGUUCUUGAGGAGGGUGUCCAUGGGAGACUGCACAAGGUGGCUGGGGGACUUCUCGUUGUCCUGGGAGGAGAUGCCGGAGGCUACAGCGUGGCCACCCACAACCUCAGGAGCAGUCCCAUCCAAGGCCACGGCCACCAUGCCCCUGCCCUGGACCUUUCUCCUGCUCCUCACCGGCUCAGUCCUCCUUGUCGUGCAAGGGGAGCCAUUCUGAGUGACGGUCUGGUCUCUGCUGUGACCCGGGAAGGCAGUGGAGGAUGGCCCAAGUCCUUGGGCCCUGCAAUCGUGUUGGAGACCAAGGGGAAGCACCUGACUCCUGGCAUCGGAUCGGCGUAGCUACGGCCAUUGCAGGCUUUUGGGGAGUGAACCAACGGAGGAAGACCUCUCUCUCUGUCUCUCUCUCUCACUGUCUACCUGUCAA